AUGUUGUCCUCUGCCUGUCCUUUCUGGCUUUUAGAGUGGAUUCGCCGGACAAUUCCUUGGCUGGAAAACAGGACCCCAGAAAAAACAAUGCAGGCUAUGCAGAAGAAAUUGGAGGAUUUCCGGGACUACCGCCGCAAACACAAGCCUCCCAAAGUCCAAGAGAAAUGUCAACUGGAGAUCAAUUUCAACACUCUGCAGACAAAACUGAGAAUCAGCAACCGGCCAGCUUUCAUGCCAUCAGAGGGGAAAAUGGUUUCAGAUAUUGCCGGCGCUUGGCAGAGACUUGAACAAGCUGAGAAAGGCUAUGAAGAGUGGCUGCUGAAUGAAAUACGAAGACUGGAAAGACUUGAACACUUGGCUGAGAAAUUCAGGCAGAAGGCUUCCACUCAUGAACAGUGGGCAUAUGGCAAAGAGCAGAUCUUACUUCAGAAGGAUUAUGAAUCUGCUUCUCUGACAGAAGUCCGCGCCAUGUUAAGGAAACAUGAAGCUUUUGAGAGCGAUUUGGCUGCACACCAGGACAGGGUGGAACAGAUCGCUGCCAUUGCCCAGGAGCUGAAUGAACUGGACUACCAUGAUGCUGCAAGUGUCAAUGAUAGAUGCCAAAAGAUAUGUGACCAAUGGGACAGCCUGGGAACACUUACUCAGAAAAGGAGAGAGGCACUGGAGAGGACGGAGAAAUUGCUCGAAACAAUUGAUCAGCUUCACCUGGAGUUUGCCAAAAGAGCUGCUCCUUUCAACAACUGGAUGGAAGGUGCUAUGGAAGACCUACAGGACAUGUUUAUUGUUCAUAGCAUAGAGGAAAUUCAGAGCUUAAUCUCUGCACAUGAUCAAUUUAAAGCUACUUUGCCAGAGGCAGAUGGUGAAAGACAGGCCAUACUGUCAAUCCAGAACGAAGUUGAAAAAGUUAUUCAGAGCUACAGCAUGAGAAUAAGCGCAAGCAAUCCUUACAGCACUGUUACUGUGGAAGAGAUUCGUAGCAAGUGGGAAAAGGUGAAGCAGCUGGUGCCUCAGAGGGAUCAAUCCUUGCAGGAAGAACUAGCCCGCCAGCACGCCAACGAGCGCCUGCGUCGCCAGUUUGCUGCUCAGGCCAAUGUCAUCGGGCCGUGGAUCCAGACCAAGAUGGAGGAAAUUGCCCGUAGCUCUAUUGAAAUGACAGGGCCUUUGGAGGACCAGAUGAACCAGCUGAAGCAAUAUGAGCACAAUAUCAUUAAUUAUAAACACAACAUUGACAAACUGGAGGGAGAUCAUCAGCUUAUACAGGAAGCCCUGGUGUUUGACAACAAGCACACCAACUACACUAUGGAGCACAUCCGUGUUGGAUGGGAGCUCCUACUUACCACCAUUGCUCGAACUAUCAAUGAGGUUGAGACUCAGAUCCUCACAAGAGAUGCCAAGGGUAUCACCCAGGAGCAAAUGAAUGACUUCAGAGCAUCAUUCAAUCAUUUUGACAGG